CUAUAACCUCAACAAAAAUAACAAAUCAUGCACUCACAGGCGACACACAGAAACAUAAAACACUUGCCAACACAUCUUUUAAAUUCAACCAUCUUCACAUAAUCAGUAUUUUGUCUGAUCAUCCAUUAUUCUCCUAAAUCCUAAUUUCACUUCACAAAUAACUCAUCUACUCAUUACAUUACCGUCGCCCAAAAUCUUCGUGGUCUACCCACUUCGAUGGAAGUAGAGAAAGGGAAAGGAACCGACGUUUCAGACGUACAGGGCGAAGAUGACCUCGACGAGGAACCUGGGGAGGAAAUUGAAUCAGCUCCGCCUCUUAAGGUUGGUGAGGAGAGAGAGUUGGGUAAUUCCGGUAUCAAGAAAAAACUCCUCAACAAUGGUAUCCAUUGGGAAACGCCUGAGUUUGGCGACGAAGUCACCGUUCAUUUCGUGGGUACUUUGCUUAACGGGAUAAAGUUUUGUUCCACAAGGGAUAAUGGUGAACCGAUGACUUUUAAGCUUGGUGAAGGUAAAGUGGCUAAGGGUUUGGAUAAUGGGAUUACAACUAUGAAGAAGGGGGAACGUGUAUUGUUCACAUUGCCUCCGGAUUUCGGUUAUGGAGCUGAAGGGCGUGAUGGUGUCCCACCUGAUUCAAUUGUACAAUUUGAUGUUGAACUUCUUUCGUGGAUCACUGUUGUGGACAUAUGCAAAGAUGGUGGUAUCAUUAAGAAGAUUAUGGAGAAGGGAGAGAGGAAUGAACGGCCUAGUGAUUUAGAUGAAGUUCUUGUCAAGUAUCAAGUGGCGCUUGCCGAUGGGACUAUUGUAGCAAAAGCCUCUGAAGAAGGAUAUGAGUUUUACGUGAAAGAUGGUCAUCUUUUUCCAGCAUUGACAAAAGCAAUUGUAACAAUGAAAAGGGGAGAGAAGGUCAAGCUAAUUGUUCAACCUAAGUAUGCUUUUGGAGAUAAGGGGAAGGAGGCUACUGAUGGGUUCCCAAGUAUCCCACCAAAUUCAGUUUUGAACGUUGAACUGGAAUUGGUCUCUUUCAAGCCUGUUAUCGAUGUUACAGGAGAUUCUAAGGUAUUCAAAAAAAUUCUGAAAGAGGGAGAAGGUGCUCUUGUAGCAAAUGAAGGUGCUGCAGUAACUAUUAGCUAUAUUGCUUGGUUAGAAGAUGGUACUGUAUUUGAGAGAAAAGGAGUUGAUGGAGGGCAGCCAUUGGAAUUUAUAACAGAUGAAGAACAAGUGAUUCCGGGUUUGGACCGAGCAGCAGCAACGAUGAAGAAGGGGGAACAAGCAUUGUUGACAGUUAGUCCUGAGUAUGGUUUUGGUAGUGUUGUAGCGGAGCGUGAUCUUGCUGUAGUCCCACCUUCUUCAAACCUAGUCUAUGAAGUUGAAAUGUUGGAUUUUGUUAAGGAAAAAGCCCCAUGGGAACUGAAUAAUCAAGAGAAAAUUGAGGCUGCUGGGAAAAAGAAAGAAGAAGGGAAUAUUCUCUUUAAAGAUGGGAACUAUCAACGAGCAGGAAAAAAGUAUGAUAAGGCUGUGGACUAUGUCAGUGAAGAUGGACUCUUUCAGGAUGAUGAGCAAAAGCAAAUAAAAGCAUUGAGGAUUUCUUGCUGGUUGAAUGGUGCAGCAUGUAGCCUCAAACUAAGUGAUUUCUGGGGGGCGAUCCAGUUAUGUUCCAAGGUACUAGAUUUCGAGUCCCACAAUGUGAAAGCUCUGUAUAGGCGGGCACAAGCCUACAUGAAAACUUCAGAUCUAAUAUCAGCUGAAAUGGACAUCAAGAAAGCUCUUGAGGCUGACCCCCAAAACAGGGAGGUGAAGCUACUUCAGAAGACACUGAGACAACUCCAAGUUGAAAGCAACAAGAGGGAUGCUAAACUCUUUACAAACAUGUUUGCACGAAUGUCAAAGGGAUCAUCUAUGCCCAUUAAGAAAUUGAAGGUUGAGAUAGCAGAGCCUGAGAAGAGUGAAGAGGCUGCAGCAACUGAAAGGGAAUGCGUGGCUGAACCUUCAACACCUUCUGAAGAUAGAAUGGCAGUUGAUCAGAGUUGAGAAAUUCCAUUUAUCACUUGUUAUCCAUCUAACAAAAGGUUAAAAAGGUCUAAUGUUCAAAAACCAGCACUUCUCCCUCAGCCUUGCUCGCCUGUAAGUUUUAGCUGGAAAGAGAGGAGAAAAUUAGUGUAACCGAACUCAGUGUUAAAAUGUUAAUUCCUAUAAACUGAAAGAAGGGAUGAAAGAAAUGAUGAUCCCGAUAUGAAGAGGCGAUUAAGAUGUCCUAAUAUUUCAUAUUUAAUCAUAAACAUUGAACCUUAACCAAAAUCUUGCACAUUGUAUGUGUUUCUGUUGUUUGUAGUUGAACACAGGUGGGUUGAUUGUUCUUCAUUAACAGAGCACCCCUGUGUCUGCUGCACUCGUUUCUCUAUGUUGAUUUGGAAUGUAGGACUCUUGGAUUUUGACCAUUAAA